UGACAAAAUCUGUCAUUUAUAGCUGUCGAUUUGGGCGUAACAUUUUUUAACACAGUUCACAAAACUAUAAAAGUAUUUCCGAAAUGUUAAUGUUAUACAAAUUAAGAUCUGCACUUAAUCUGCGAUGUCUACUAAGAAACGUCUCAACUUCAAAGCAGCUCCGCAGCGAGGAGCUUGUUGUGCAUAGAGACAGUCCCGAAAACAAUCCGAAAACCCCUUUCGAAUUUAGUGAAGCCAAUUUAAAUCGCUUAUGUGCAAUGAUCCAAAAUUAUCCGGAAGGGGCGCAGCGGUCGGCGUUAGGAGCUGCAUUAGAUUUGGUUCAAAGACAAAUUGGCUGGAUCCCGAUAUCAGCUAUGCAUAAAGUAGCAGAGAUUCUAUCAAUACCACGAAUGAGAGUUUAUGAAUUUGCAACUUUCUAUACGAUGUGUAAGAGGCGCGAUAGAGGAAAAUUUAACGUUAAAGUUUGCGUAACUACACCAUGUAUGAUUCGCGGAUCAGACGUUAUCUUGCAAGCUGUAGAGGUGGCUACGAAAUGUAAAACUGGUGAAAUGUCUAAAGACGGUGUUUUUGGAGUAGACACUGUCCAGUGUCAAGGAGCAUGUGCUAAUGCUCCAGUAAUGGUGGUCAACGAUGAUUAUUACGAAGAUUUAACUUUAGAAAAUGUUUAUGAUAUAAUUAAUAUGCUUAAAGCCGGAUGUAUACCGCCACAAGGUCCUCAGAGCGGAAGAUUCUGUGCUGAGCCGUGUUGUGGUCAAGCAACCUUAUUGGAACCACCGCCUAUGCCUGGAUUUAAGUUACAACCUGCCCUUUUGAAAUAAUAUAAUUUAGGUUGUUUUUAAUGAAAGGAAUUAUUUUUAA